ACACACGAGCUCCGCUCUGUCUGUAUUUCCUGGUUCCUCCCCUUCAGGUCUACAGUUGUACAGAUGGGUGUAACCAACAUGAAGGUGAAGUGCAGCAGCUGACAGCCUCCAUUCACUGAACCAUCACAUGUUGUUCAGAUCAGAGCUCAAAGCAGAGUCUCUUCUGAGGAAGUGAAUCUCAGACAGUCGUUGCUACUGAGAGGUGAAAUGGAGCAGAAAGGAGUUCAACUGGACCGGGAGACCUUCUCUUGUUCCAUCUGUCUGGAUCUCCUGAAGGAUCCGGUGACUACUACCUGUGGACACAGCUACUGCAUGAACUGUAUUGAAGCCCAUUGGGAUGAAGAGGACGGGAAGAAGCUCCUCAGCUGCCCUCAGUGUAGGCAGACCUUCACACCGAGGCCUGUCCUGCUGAAGAACACCAUGUUGGCAGUUUUAGUUGAGCAGCUGAAGAAGACUGGACUCCAAGCUGCUCCUGCUGAUCACUGCUAUGCUGGACCUGAAGAUGUGGCCUGUGAUGUCUGCACUGGGAGGAGACUGAAGGCCUUCAAGUCCUGUCGGAUGUGUCUGGUUUCUUACUGUGAGAAACACCUUCAACCACAUCAUGAUGCACCUCCAUUAAAGAAACACAAGCUGGUGGACCCCUCCAACCAGCUCCAGGAGAACAUCUGCUCUCGUCAUGAUGAGGUGAUGAAGAUGUUCUGCCGUACUGAUCAGCAGUGUAUCUGCUACCUCUGCUCUCUGGAUGAACAUAAAGGCCACAACACCGUCUCAGCUGCAGCAGAAAGGACCGAGAGGCAGAGAGAGCUGGAGGGGAGUCGAUUAAACAUCCAGCAGAGAAUCCAGGACAGAGAGAAAGACCUGAAGCUGCUCCAUCAGGAGGUGGAGGCCAUCAACCUCUCUGCUGAUAAAACAGUGGAGGACAGUGAGAAGAUCUUCACUGAGCUGAUCCGUCUCAUGGAGAACAGAAGCUCUGAUGUGAAGCAGCAGGUCAGAUCCCAGCAGAGAACUGAAGUGAGUCGAGUCAAAGAGCUUCAGGAGAAGCUGGAGCAGGAGAUCACUGAGCUGAAGAGGAAUGACGCUGAGCUGCAGAAGCUCUCACACACAGAGGAUCUCAACCAGCUUCUCCACCACUACCCCUCACUGUCACCACUAGUGGGUCUACAGACUCAUCCAGCAUCAACAUCCGUCCUCUGAGAUACUUUGAGGACGUGACGGCGGCUGUUUCAGGAGUCAGAGAUGAACUACAGGACGUCCUGAGAGACAAGUGGACAAACGUCUCACUGACGGGGACUGAAGUGGA